AUGGGAAAUGACCAUCAAAGCCAUUAUUAUGCACGCUUCGGGAAUGAGGAAAUGAAAGGGGAGUUAUCUUCACCAUUCGUCCAAUAUGAACAGAAAUGCAACAACAAGCUUCUAAAAAUGUCGUUUUAUGGUCUAUGGUCGGUUUACCAGCCGUACGGAGUAACUCCCACUCCCAGAGUUGGUCAUUUCCAUUCCUAUGAUCCAGAUCGCGCUUUAGUUUACGUUGGCUAUGGAUGCCAAGAAGGAUGCAAACUCCAAAACGAUGUUUGGGCUCUAGAAACUACUACCCAGAAAUGGCAUCAUAUUGAAGUGAAAGGCUAUCACGCAUCACCACGAACUGGCUGCAGUGGUGUAUUUUGGAGAGGCCAUAUUUUGGUGUAUGGCGGUUACACAGAAGAAGAGUAUGUUGGCGAUUUACAUGCAAUUUCUUGUGAAGAUGGAAAUUGUGAACAACUACAUACUACAGGAGAAGUCCCUCCACCAAGACAAUACCCAAUUUUGGGUGUAUACGAAAACAGAUUUUAUGUCUGGGGUGGAUAUAAUGGUACAUAUCCCUCAGAUCUUUAUGUUCUCGACCUUGAUACAUUGGUCUGGAAAUCCUAUAAGACAAAUAUUCAAGGAAGAUCAUCAGCUCCAUAUACAGUCGUCGGAAGCGACAUUUAUAGCUAUGGAGGCUCUAAAACCGCAACAAUGCUACACAUUGACAUGACUACAAACACAGUAGAAGAGAUUUCAGGUGGUGGAUCUCCACCACAGCCAGAUUCAGUAAACGCAGGAAUGGCUGCAACACCAGAUACAAUUUAUUGGUUCGGAGCUAUUCCUAAUGCAGAGUUUGGUUUCGUUUAUGCUUACGAUAUAUCUAGAAAAUGGUGGUUUAUCUUCCAUGUUCGUCCUGAUGGAGAUACAGUCGGAAUGGCUGAUGGAAGAGUUGACAGUUUCGGAUUGUUCCAACUACCUCUUAUUCAAUACCAUACAAUGCAAUACGAGUCAAGAACAAGAACAGUUCUUUGCGUUCUUGGAACUCCUCUGAAAAAUCCACCUCCAACAGUUGCUGUCCAACUCGGAGAUGCAAUUCCUGCAAUUCAUCUUCGUCAAGAUAUGCUUGAUGCUUUGCCUCAUGUUAGUGAGGCAUAA